UGAAGCAAAUGAACCAACAACAACACCGACAUGACGCAUGGUGGUGGUAGAUGUAAAAAAUUAUAAUACUUCAUACCGUAAAUGGGAAAAGUAAAUAACGAAACAAAGGGAGGCAUCGGAAAACAACUUCGUCUUUCCCAUACAGGCUUUUUCCAUUCCAGUGGUUUUGCGCUGUGAAUACGGGUAGUAGGGGCAACAUUUCGCAAUCUAUUUAGCAUGCAGUUGCAGUUGAGUGCGCGCACUAGACUGGAAGCUUUUUCCUCGUUUAACCUAAUAACAUGAAUAUUACAUAAUUUAUUGAAGCUUUUUAUUUUAACUUUAUAAGGCGUACAUUUCUAAGGUGUUUUGUGAAACCUUUACUCGCGCGCGACGUCUGCGCUACAUUCGAGUGAAACCAACGGGGAAUAACAUAAAACACGGAAUACAAUGACUAUGUCCGUCGCAGAGAGGAAUUCAGGGUCCGAGGGGAAGGAGGAGGAGAGUGAAGAUGAGAGUGAAAUCCUGGAAGAAAGCCCAUGCGGUCGCUGGCAAAAGCGAAAGGAGCAGAUCAGUCAAGGUAAUGUCCCCGGUGUUGAGAGCGCGUCGCUGGCCAUGGACACAGAGGAGGGAGUCGAAGUGGUGUGGAAUGAGGUGCUCUUCAAUGACAGGAAGGUCUUCAAGGCACAGGAGGAGAAGAUUAAAGAGAUGUUUGAGAACCUGAUGCAGGUUGAGCACCCAAAUAUAGUCAAGUUCCAUAAGUACUGGCUGGAUAUGAAAGAGAGUCGAGCUCGGGUAAUCUUUAUCACAGAGUACAUGUCCUCAGGCAGCCUCAAGCAGUUUCUCAAGAAAACCAAGAAAAACCAUAAGACCAUGAAUGUCAAGGCUUGGAAGCGAUGGUGUACACAAAUUCUCUCUGCCCUCAGUUACCUGCACUCCUGUGAACCGCCCAUUAUCCAUGGCAACCUGACCUGUGACACCAUCUUUAUCCAACACAACGGCCUCAUCAAGAUUGGCUCAGUAUGGCACCGGCUGUUUGUGAAUGUGUUUCCGGAGGCCAGUGUUCAUGGUAAAGUCCGCCCCAACCGAGACGAACAGAGGAACCUGCACUUCUUCUCUCCUGAAUACGGCUUGGCUGAGGAUGACUAUGCUAUUGACAUCUUCUCCUUUGGGAUCUGUGCUCUGGAGAUGGCUGUCCUGGAAAUACAGGCUAAUGGAGAUGCUGUUGUGUCCAAGGAGGCCAUCACCAACGCAGGCCAGUCUCUGGAGGAUCCUCUUAUGAGAGAGUUUACUCAGUCAUGUGUGCGUCAUGAGGCCAAGCAGCGUCCCACAGCCCACGACCUGCUGUUCCACCGUGUGCUGUUUGAGGUUCACUCCCUCAAGCUACUGGCUGCCCACUGCCUCAUCAGUAACCAGUACCUGCUGCCAGAGAACUGUGUGGAGGAGAAGACCAAGUCCUUUGACCCCAAUGGUCUCAUGGCAGAAAUCAAACAUGGCAACCGGCCUGGCGUCCAGCUCAAGUAUUCCCAUGUGUCUCCUUUGGAGCUGGACAAGUUCCUUGAGGACGUCAAGAAUGGGAUAUACCCCCUCAUGAACUUUGCGUCGUCGCGUCCCCACCCUGUACCCCGUGCCCUAUCCCUGUCCCACGAACAGGUGGAGACGGCGAAGUCCCCCACCCCUGAGCCCCAAGAGACAGAGAGCAGAAAGGUGAUUCAGAUGCACUGUAACUUGGAGUCAAAUGAAGAAGGGACCAAAACUCAUCUCUCUCUGUUUCUUAAGAUGGACGACAAGCUCCAUCGACAACUUAGCUGUGACAUCCUUCCAACUGACAGCUCCAAAGACCUUGCCAAUGAACUUGUUCACUACGCCUUCAUAAGUGAGGAGGACUGUGAGAAGCUGGCAGGAUUCCUUGAGGACGCGCUCACCAGACACAAGGGCAAAGCGCUGGCCUCUGGGACCACACAGUGAGAAGGGGCCGCUACGGAAGCUGGCCCACAGAGAGGGGCCUCGGGCAUUGACCACUCAAACAGAGCAAGACAGGGGCAAGAAGGCAGGAUCACUCAGCCAGGAUCAGAGGGGCUGGGUCCAGUGAGGGUUUGAAGGAUUGGGCCUGAUGAGUGGUGAUUGGGACUGGGCCUGAUGAUUGGUGGAUCAUCCCAAAGAGGGCUAGGAUAGGCCAGGACUGAGAGGGACAGAAAGCAUAUCCAGUUGGAUGACCCAGAGGCAUCAUGGCUGGUUAAAUUAAUUUGAAUUCAAUCACUUUUUGACAACACCCCUUUUGAUUUGAACAAAACCUUCCAUACAUAUUUGCCCAUUGUAGAAGUGCUCAGAAAG